AUGAAGCCUCUAAAGAAAUUGCCAGCAGGCUCAGAAACCAUUCGGGUUUUUGAAGACGUGGAUACUUGGGAUGAAAAAAUCAUCGGAAAUGGGAGACAACGAGCAAAGAUUGACCCUCGCAUAGCUGGCAAAAUCGACGUGACCUCAGAUGACUGGGAGAAACCCUACGUACCAGAUAAACAAGAAGACCCCCUGGGAAUAUUUUCAAACCCAAAACUGCCGCAAGACGACCCAGUGCUAGUGGAAUACAUCCGCCAACGGGUUCUCGUGCCUCCUUCGAAAAUGGACUACAAUCUCCAACGACCUGAAAUUCGAGACCCGUCCGAAGAAGAGGCAACCACGAAGUUCAUGAUGCCAGCAGGCUCAGAAACCAUUCGGGUUUUUGAAGACGUGGAUACUUGGGAUGAAAAAAUCAUCGGAAAUGGGAGACAACGAGCAAAGAUUGACCCUCGCAUAGCUGGCAAAAUCGACGUGACCUCAGAUGACUGGGAGAAACCCUACGUACCAGAUAAACAAGAAGACCCCCUGGGAAUAUUUUCAAACCCAAAACUGCCGCAAGACGACCCAGUGCUAGUGGAAUACAUCCGCCAACGGGUUCUCCUGCCUCCUUCGAAAAUGGACUACAAUCUUCAACGACCUGAAAUUCGAGACCCGUCCGAAGAAGAGGCAACCACGAAGUUCAUGAUGUCAUUGUUGGACUCAAACUUGCAUUCUCAUCACGAAAAGGUGCGGCGUGGCAGAAACGGCGAAUCCAAAAAUGAUACGGGUCAACGAGUGUUCUUCGAGGCGGGUGCCCUGGACGGAGAAAUCGCGUCUCGGACUCUGUUCCUGGAACGAUUCAAGGGCUGGACAGGACUCACUGUGGAAAUGACCCUGCCCAACAUCAAACGUUACCUGGCCAAGCAUCGCAAGGCCUGGUUCGCCCCCGUGUGUCUGUCCCCGGAACCCAGACCCGUCAAGAAGCAAAUGCGCUUCGCCUACGACCCCAAGGACCCGUGGCUCGAACGCACGGGCACCAUCAACAAGCACAAGUUCGACGUGGCUGACAAACGAGUCUUGUCCUCCCGACUCUACAUUUACACC